GAUGCUUGACGGUUGUUGAGCAGUGAACUUGUUAUUGGCUUCGAAAGUAAAAUAUUCUUCAUUUUUGAGUGGUUCGAUAUCAAAAACUAUGUUGUAACUUCAACUAUGUUGAGCCAAACUUCUACCGAAGCGUUGCUUUCAGCAACAUACGUUGAAAAUUACUUGGACUGUGUAGAAAAUCUUCCAAACGACCUACAACGACAUUUAUCUCGACUACGAGAGCUUGACGUAACAUACAGAGAAUGUCUUCGUGAUGCUGAAACACACCUUGCUGUUUGCAUUGGGCCGAACACAGAGGAGAAGCGUAGGAGCAGAGCUGCAUUACGCUUGCAAGCCGCUUUAGUGGCUGCUCAGGAGAUCGGGGACGAGAAACUACAAGUUGUACAGCUGACGCAGGACCUUAUUGACAACAAGCAAAGAUCCUUGGAUGCUGACCAUAAGAAACUUAUCUCAUGCCUGGACGUGAACACGAACGGCACAGCUAAAGAGGAGGCGGCUCCGCCGGCGGAGCCAGCCCGAGAGAAGGAGAGCGCGGCGCCCGCGGCGCAGCACGUGCCGCCGCCGCCGCCGCCCGAGCGGGCCAGCGACAAGGACAAGGAGAAGCCCGACAAGGACAAGGCGGGAGGGGAGCGAUGGUCAAAGCGUCCGCGGCGGUCUCGCACGACGGCAGGCGCGGCCACUGACGGCGCCGACUCUAGUGAGCGGGAUAGCGAGCGACACACGCACAACACUACCCACAAGAAAGGUAUCGGCAAAAAGAAAAAGCGCAAAGCGCGGCAAGCGACGCAGCGCUCGGAGACGCCGCCCGGCGACACGGACCCCAUAGACCCGGACGAGCCGCGCUACUGCCUGUGCGACCAGAUCUCCUUCGGCGAGAUGAUCCUCUGCGACAACGACCUCUGCCCCAUCGAGUGGUUCCACUUCUCCUGCGUGUCCCUCACCACCAAGCCCAAGGGCAAGUGGUUUUGCCCCAAGUGCCGCGGCGACCGCCCCAAUGUGAUGAAACCCAAAGGACAAUUCCUAAAGGAACUAGAACGGUAUAACAGGGAAAAGGAGGAGAAAGCAUAGUGAUUACUCAAACGCUAGGUUAAGGCGUCCAUGGAUCUUUAAUGAGAGUGAUGUGCCUUACUAAUGUAUGGCGACCGCUGAAAACGCAAUAACUGAAUUACCAGUGAUUCCAAAUUUGAUGUAAAAUAUUUGUUCGAGUCUACGUGUGAUGCCCCAAAGGCACGAUCAGCUCAUUUUCGGUCCAUACUGUUUAGACGGAUCGUCCGCCUAAAACACUUAUCAAGAUAUUUGAAAUGUGAUUUCGAUUUUAUGUAAAUGAUUCCGAUUUUUAAUGUAUGAUGAAGAUAGAAGUCUUAAUAAUUAUAUAAAUGCUUGAUUGUUCAGAAGAAUCUCUUUAAGUUGAAAUAAUAAUAGAAAGUGAAGAUUAUUCCAUGUAAUUUAUUUUGUAUCUCAGAAGAAUUUGCUACUAUUAGAUAACAAAGCUAUAAUACUAACUUACUGACCUCGAAAUCAGUCAUUUGUAUUAUGUAGGUGUAUUGGAAAAACUUACAAUAAACUUUUUAUUAACUGUAAGAUAAAAUAUUAUGCAUAA